AUGAAAACCGCAUUGAUGGUGGCUGAAAAACCUUCUUUGGCAGCAUCCCUGGCCAAUAUAUUGAGUAAUGGACGAUGUAGUACCAGAAAAGGACUGAACGGCUCUUGUUCCGUUCACGAAUGGGUAGGUCAAUUUAGAUCCGAGACCGUAAAUUUUAAAAUGACCUCUGUAUGUGGACACGUUAUGACGUUGGACUUUAUUGGAAAAUACAACAACUGGGACAAAGUAGAUCCGGCUGAAUUGUUCUCAUGUUCAACUGAGAAAAAGGAAGCGGUACCGAAACUGAAAAUACCAUACUUUUUGGCCAAAGAAGGAGCGUCGUGUGAUUAUUUAGUAUUAUGGCUGGAUUGCGACAAGGAAGGUGAAAAUAUUUGCUUUGAAGUUAUAAAUGCAGUGCAGCAAGGAAUGCACAGAAAAUUACACAUAAAUGAUAUAUGGCGAGCACGAUUCUCUGCCAUUACGGAGAAAGAUAUAAAAUCUGCUUUGGCUAAUCUGAUAAAGCCCAAUGAAAAUGAAGCCAAAAGCGUUGAUGCACGUCAGGAGUUAGAUUUACGAAUAGGCUGUGCAUUUACCAGAUAUCAAACUAAAUUUUUUCAAGGUAAAUAUGGAGAUUUAGAUGUAUCUCUCAUUUCUUAUGGUCCGUGCCAAACGCCAACGUUAGGUUUCUGUGUACAGAGACACGACGAAAUUCAAACCUUUAAGCCAGAUCCAUAUUGGGUACUGCAAGUAACCGUCAAGUCUUCCGAUGGUCAAGAUAUUGUAUUAAGUUGGACGCGUGUGCGUUCUUUUGACAAAGAAGUCGCAACCAUGUUUUUAAGCCACGUUAAAGAACACGAUCAAGCAACCGUAGUGAGUGUGCAAAGCACAGAAAAAUCCAAAUCGCGACCUAUAGCAUUAAAUACAGUAGAAUUGAUGCGAGUUGCAAGUUCUGGAUUGGGAAUGGGUCCACAACAUGCUAUGCAAAUUGCGGAAAGACUCUAUACUCAAGGAUACAUAAGUUAUCCUCGAACGGAGACAACAUCGUAUUCUGAAAAUGUUGAUCUGCUUUCAACGCUGAAGCAACAGCAGACGAGCCCAGAAUGGGGCGAGGAAGUUCGCAAAAUAAUAGCGGCUGGAAUCAAUAGGCCAAAGAAAGGCCAUGAUGCAGGUGAUCAUCCGCCUAUAACACCCAUGAAACAUGCAACCAGAAAUGAACUCGAUGGUGAUUCGUGGAGAUUGUACGAUUAUAUAACGCGACAUUUUAUCGCUACGCUGGCGCGGGAUUGUAAGUACUUGAGUACUACGGUAAAGUUCGAGAUAGGCAUGGAAAUAUUUACAGCUACUGGUCACAGCCUGUUAAGUCCUGGCUACACAAGUAUUCUUACUUGGCAAGCACUUGGCGGUAGUGAUACCCUGCCGAAAUUUACAUCCGACGAGAAAGUAAAUAUACAGGAGGCAAAAUUAGUCGAAUGUUACACACAGCCACCGGAUUAUUUAACAGAGGCAGAAUUAAUAUCUCUUAUGGAAAAACACGGCAUUGGGACAGACGCUUCGAUCCCUGUGCACAUAAAUAAUAUCUGCAUUAGAAAUUACGUUACUGUCGCAGCGGGCAGAAAAUUAAUACCUACUUCUCUUGGUAUCGUUUUGGUCCAUGGAUACCAGAAGAUAGAUCCUGAAUUAGUUUUACCCACAAUGAGAUCUGCAGUGGAAGAACAAUUAAACCUAAUAGCAUUAGGUCGAGCUGAUUUUCAUGCAGUAUUACAACAUACCGUAGAAAUUUUCAAACAAAAAUUCCAUUAUUUUGUACAAAGUAUAGAAGCUAUGGAUCAGUUGUUCGAAGUUUCGUUUUCGCCGCUAUCGGCAUCGGGCAAAGCACACUCUAGAUGUGGCAAAUGUCGUCGAUAUAUGAAAUACAUACAAACAAAGCCAUCUAGAAUGCAUUGCGCGCAUUGUAAUGAAACUUAUAAUUUACCACAAAAUGGAAACAUACGAAUAUACAAAGAAUUAAAGUGUCCAUUGGACGACUUUGAAUUACUUUCGUGGUCGACUGGUACACGAGGAAAAAGUUAUACAUUUUGUCCAUAUUGUUAUAAUAAUCCACCGUUCAGGGAUAUGAAAAAAGGAAUGAGUGGUUGCACGUCAUGCACGCAUCCGACAUGCCCGCACGGCAUGAAUUCAAAUGGCUUAUCCAGCUGUUUGGAAUGCGAUCUAGGUAUACUUGUACUGGAUCCUUCGGCCGCACCCAAGUGGAAAUUGGGAUGUAAUCGUUGCGACGUUAUUAUCCAUCUAUUUGAGAACGCGCAUAAAGUGACAGUCGAUACAGAUACGUGUGCGUGUGGCGCACAAUUAGUGACCGUCGAAUACAAACAGGAUAAAAGUAAACUCCCCAACGAAGCGACCGAAAUGUCCGGCUGUGUGUUUUGUACUCCAGCUUUCGCGGCGUUAGUGGAAAAGCAUCGUGCGGUAGCUUCGAAACCAGUCGUCACGCGUGGUCGAGGUCAUGCCAAGAGUCGUAACCGAGGCAAACCUAAACCGCCAAAGGACAAAAUGGCACAACUGGCAGCAUAUUUCGUAUAAUAAAUAAUUUAGGCGUGCCGUGCAUACUGUAUAAAGCCAUAUACACGUUAUACAGCCAUA